GGCUGAGCAUCUAGGUUACUGCGGGUUCAAGCAACUGGCUCAUCCAGUGUAGACACAGACUGACUGGCUCCUGGCCAGCUCAAGGUGUUUUCCUUUGCCUGGAAACGGGAAGGUGUGGCUGAGGCAGAGCAUGGAGGUGAGCAGCUCAACUAAAUUGGUGGAGAGGAGCCCCGCUCUGGACCUCUUUGGCUUCCCUAAAAGCCGAGGACCAACUACCUCUGUCUUAAGAUGAGUCAGGACCAGGACCAGGCCCCAGUAAAAACGUCUGCCGCCUGAGCUUCUGGUCAUGUACUCAUACAGCUGCCUGGUGCCCGGGGAAGGCGUCUGGCCUCCACUGCAGCCCCUCACCUACACUUACCUGCCCAGCCCCCUGCUGCUGCCCCCCGUGCAGGCCCACAACUUCUGCAGCUGGCCCCCAGCCCUGAACGCUGGCGACUGGACGGCCCCGCGAGAAUACCACUGUUUCCAUGGCCCGGGGGCCAGCCUGGGGGCCGCGCAACCCUGGUGGGCCUUCCCGCAGGCCUACGCCGCGUCUCUGAGCCCGCCCUUUCCAGCGCUCGGCUACUCCGGGCCGCAGCUUCAGGCGCCCGCGGCGGCAGGAACAGCGGAGAGCUGGACGCAGUGGCCGGAGGGCGGUAGCCUGCAGGCAGAGCUGCGCUGGGGCCGAGUAGAGCGCACCCAGGGCCCGCGCCAGCAGCUGCCGGACUUCGUGCGCCGGGAGCUGCGGCGAGUGUACGGCACGUACCCUCGCACCGACGUGCGCGUCACGUUCCGCGGCGGCGAGUUUCUGCUGCAAGCGGCGCCGCGCGUGGGCGAGCCGCAGUACCGUGUGCACAGGCGCCUGCAGCGCCCGCCCGCCAGCAGCAGCAGUGGCGGCGACCGCAGCCCGGCCGGAGACGCGGCGGAGCGCGGCGUCCGGAAGAAGAGGAAAGGCCUGGGCUGAGCGCGCGGCUCUCCUGCCCCGCGAGGAGGGAGACCCUCGGCAUCGCGUCGGGGCUGCGUGCCCCUGUUAUCUGUCCUUUUCCUCCCCCCGCCCCACCAAGACUGUCCACCCGCCUCGUGAAGUUCCUCGAUUUCUUUCCUGUUAUUGAGGGAUGGGGGGGGCGGGGAAGGGAUCAAGGUAUCUCUGGGUGGGUGUUCUGUUGCUCUUUAUUCUACAUUGCCUUUGGAAGCCUCGGUAUAGGGUGGAAGAAGGGCCUAGUCCCUGCACCCUCUCUCCUUCCUCCUUCCCAUCUUCUUCCACGUAGAAGCCCCCACUUUCCCCUUCUCUUCUCUCUCCAGGGAACCUCCCGAACUCCCCAAGCUGGGAGCCCACCUAUCCC